AUGCUUCCAUCAAAAAAAUCGAAUGCCGAUAUUAAUGUUGAUGAACUUCAAUCCCGUUUGAAAUAUACAAACGCGCCUUACCGGAUUCCAUUAGAAAGGCCUCAUUCACCGCCAAAGUCGUCAAAUGAUAAUAUUUGUAAUAAGAUAAUGAUAAAUCCACCGUAUCAAUUAACCCUCUCGUUAGAGGAAUUACUGGCACCCGCUAAAAGAAAAGAUUCUGAAACUCCCCCACGUCCUCAAAACGUUUUUAUAUUAUUUAGAAAAGACUUGUUGGCAAAGAUAAAAAAUGAAUCUCCCAAAUUCGCUAAAACAUUACGAUCUCCGGAACAUUCAAAAACUGCUAAAAUCAUAUGGGAAUCCCAACCGAAUGAAGUUAAGCAGUUCUUCCAAGUUCUUUACUUGGCUUGUAUUGAAAAGCACAAAAAAAUGUACCCAAAGUAUCAUUAUAUCCCAAAACCAAGAGUUAAGAAAGAUAGACAGUUCACUGUGAUUGAAUCUUCGCGGGAAGUGAGUAACGAAUCUAGAAAGGAAUCGACAGAUUCCGACGAUUCGUUGAUGUCGGAAUUCUUUGAUUUGGAAGAGGGUUUCAACACUUUUUCCAUUGGGGAAUCCGGAUGUUGA